UCGCUCUUCGAAGAGCAGCGGCUCCGCUAGUGUUAGACAGAGCACUUCAUCCUAUGAUAGCGACAUGAUCACCGAUUCUGGCCAACGCUUGAGGUCCAAUGUCACCAUAGCCGCGUUUCAAAGACCAAAUGGUAGCAGACCAACGACUCCUGCAGCCCCCAAUCUGCAGAAGAAGGACAAAGGGAAGGAACGUCAAUCGAAAUCACAUGGAUCUACAGAUGCGUCUUUCUCAGGGCCUAUAGCAGUUGCAGAGUUUGAACGGAUGAGGAUUGAGAUUGAGACAUUGAAAAGCACAUUGAACGACCAUAAGAAGAAUGCUAGGAAACAAGCUAAGAAAAUUGAUGAACUCAAAGCCGAAAUUGUCACAGACAAGAGACGAACAGGAAGCACAACUUCAAUUAUUGAAAUCCAAGCAUUCUCGUAAUGAAGAACUGCUGAAUACGUUCGAAACAACUCUCACAUGUAAUAUUUGCAUGGAACUUUUGAACAAACCCUUCUCAUUAUCCCCCUGCGGUCAUACGUUCUGCCUGCAGGACCUUCAAGAGUGGUUUAGGAAAGCUCCUCCAGCGGACGAAGAUAUGGAUCUUGACAUAGAUGAUCCCGACUAUGUCAUGUAUCGCCAGAAAUCAUGCCCUGCCUGUCGUGCUGUUGUUCUAGGUCGACCUCUGCCAGUCUACCCUGUUCGGGAUCUUAUAAGUGCUUUGCAAAAGGCUAAGGUUUCCGGAAAUGCUGCUGCUACUGUCUCUACCCGUCGUAGCAGUAGCCCAUACGUUUCAGAAGAUCCCUGGGAAGGACUCUUCCCCGAUAACGACGAGGACGAGGAAGACGAAGAAGAGGAUGGACUAGAGGUAGGAGCCAUGCCGUUUGGCUUCUUGUACAGCGAAUCCGAUUCAGAGAUGGAAAUGCACGACGAUGACAGUGAAUACGAUAGUAAUGGCGAGCCUGAGGAAGAGGAAGAUAACAGCGCCAUAGAUGAAGAGGAAGAGGGUGAGAGUGGUGAAGACGUAGAAGGAGAAGGUUAUAGUGAGGGGGACGAGGACUACUAUGUCUCGCCUCAAUGGGAGCCGCCCUGCUACCCGUACCCAGGAAAUGUCGCUCCUGGCCCUCAAUCCCAAUUAGUCCGGCGCGGCUGUCCACCUUGGUUAUCCUCUACUUACCGAAUACGAUACUCUCAUAACAAUGGCCUGGUCGGGCAUCUUAAUUCUUUGGACCCAGACGACGUGGGAGCUCCUCCACGUGGACCUACUAGCCGCAUGCACCGACUGUUCCUCGGGUGGAAUAUACGCAACAUAGACGACCAGUCAUCGGAACUCAGCCAAAGAUUUUUCAUGGCUCAGAUACUAGAAGAUUUUAGGAACGAGCCUUACAAGUUUUCCAUUCAUCAACGGGCCAAUGGUUGCUUGGAUGUUCGUGUCCUAGUACCAGCUGAUGAAGUAACCCAAUAUUACAGUACGGAGUCGGAGGGUUGGGAUUAAUAGCAGAGUACACCGUCGCUCGUAUAUCGUUCAGGAAUAAUUGAAUAUACCGUCUUUCGACGUUUGGAAGGCAACUAGGUGGCAAUCGGUUGAACAAAAUCAGACAUUUGUAUUACAGAUAGAUGUAUGCUACUUCCUAUUUCUUACAGGUCUUCGUCUUAAGUUCGCAUAUACUCUCUCGAAGUGUGA